AUGAUUUGCUGUAUGUGCUGUGGUUUGUGGGGCAACGAAUGGUUAACAGCUUUUUUCAAGAUUGUUGGACGAGGAAGCACAUUAGCGAUGGCCUGCGAGGACAACACCAUCAUCUCAUGGUCGUCAACGAAUGAAUCUGAUUUAAGCAAGGCCAACAAGUACAACCUCAAGGACAGGAAAGUUUUCAAAAUUCUUGCACACAACAUGCUCGAUGGUCUUCUGGUGGUCGACAAGAAUUUCGGAAUGCUUCUUCUGAGUUCAGAUGUCAAGAGGGAGCUAGCGAGUGCUGACCUGGGGGUGAACAAGGGGGCUCGGAUCGAGCACAUGAGUAUUUGUCCAGUCAAGGAGGGAAAUAUCAGCUCAUCUCAGAGUGACAGCUUCUUUCUUGUUUCAAUAGGCACCAACGUCAGCGGUAACGCAUGCGUGUGGCGAAGUCGCUUCGGCUGCUCUGCAGAUGGUUCAUGGUUCUUCAACAAAGCAAAGUUCGACUUGCUGCCAGCGCAUGCAGACAGCAGAGAGGCUCGCUUGCUCGCUUGCUCCUUGCACUCGGGAACGACGAACUUCUCUAUCUUGUGGGACAAUCACGUAUGGCAGCAAUACCGUAUGUCAGGUGGCGGCAGCGCAAAGCCGUCGCUGACGAGCAGCAGGAGGAUGAGAGAUCUGGAUGGACUGGCGAGCUCAGACAAGGACGAGACGUGCAAGACGAUGGUGAUAGGGACCAGCGAUUACCUGCUGGUGGCUGGGAGGAUGCAAAUGCGAGGGAAGGGAGCAGUCGAAUCAAAGCUAACAAACGUCGUUCGGGCCUACGACCUCAGCUACGGAACCGUGCAAGCAGAGAUAGAGCUCAAGUGGAAUGCGCAAGACGACGAUAUGAGUGACUCCUCGUCGUUUAGAAUCCUCGACGCAAAGCUCAACGCAGAAGGCUCUGUGUUGACCAUCUCGUCUGACAAGUGCGUCCUCUCCUGCGCAAUCCGAUCGGCUCCGAUGAGUCUCGAGCUUGUCCUUGGCAAGGAAAUCAACGAGAAGGAGCUGGAGCCUCCGACCUCGUUUCGGCCCAUCAACGUUUUGUCGUGUGUUGUUGGCGUUGACGAUGACAAAAAAGGAGAGGCAAACAUCUCCGCACUCGCCCUGGAAGCUGUUGGUCGAGCUGUCAAGGAAGGAAACAGAAGAGAAGGAGCCGUGUUGGAUGAGCUCUCAUCCAUGAGGGACCCAGCUGAGAUGACCAACUGCAUCAAGGCAUACAUUGACGAGCUUCACGCAGAAGCAGUGCAAGCAGACCUGCUCAAGAAAACUGGCGGAAAAGGACGAGGGAGCGCGCGCAAGGUUAAGGUGGUGAUGUCAGACUAUCUCGUCCGGUGGGUUGUCAGCAAGUGCACAGAGGAGGAAGUGAAAGGAAGGCUGGACAAGGCUGCCAUCGCCCUUGUGCAGGCUGGUGCCAUCAGCACUCGCGCCCAUCCUCGCCUCGUCCCCUACGCAAUUGAGACUGGAAACCUGCUCCUGCUUGAGGCUAUUUUGCGAAACGUGCAUGACCUCUCGGAAGAAGACAUCGUGAAGAGCUUGAAACUUGUCCUCGUCUGCAUCAAGAAGAGCUCGAUGGACGCUUAUGUCACUGCGAUGGCUGCGGAGUUUCCCGAUCUUCCUGUCCUAGACCACGACGCCGUUCGCCGUCACCUGCUUGACUGCAUCAUGCUCGUCCAGCGCGACCACUGGCUCCUCGUCAAGGAGCUCCGCAGCUUGUCGGUCAAGGAGGCUCUUCGAUUUCUCCGCUACUGCCAAUCGCUCUUGCAGAUGCACGGAGUCGCUGCCAACGUGAAGCACCAGAGGCCGAAAGGAGCCCGCGCUCCCCCCAUCUCUUGCGUGGUCGACUGGACCAACGCCGUGCUUGACGCUCACUUCUCCUCCCUCGUCCUCAACACGGACUGCCACGGGCUGCUCAAGGUGAGGAGGGAGGGAGAGAGGGACUGCAAGGCUAAGCAGGAGCAGGAGCUGAAGGAAUUGGCGCGAGGAGAGCGGCAGCUGACGCGGGAAGUGGCAAGCAUGGACGGGCUACUGCUGCACCUCCUGCGUCGCCAAUCACUCCCGGUGAAGCCCAUGAAGUUUUACGCUGUCGAGACCCUGUACUUAUGA